UUUCAGUGUCUAUUGGUUCGACUAAUGAAUUUGCUCCGUGCGUUUGCUUCGGAGCUAUUACAAAGGUUCCGGUUGCAGUUUAGUGUCUUGGCAGCUAACAGUUUCAUAGUUUGAAUAUAACGGCGACAUGACGCAGUCCAUUGUAGUGCAAGUCGGUCAAUGUGGCAACCAGAUUGGCUGUAGGUUCUGGGAUCUGGCCUUAAGAGAACAUGCCUCUGUCAACAAGAAAGGAAUUUAUGAUGAUGCGCUUUGCAGCUUCUUUAGAAAUGUUGAUACAAGAGCCGGAUCUGGUGGAGCAGAGAUUCAGAAAGGCAAAAUUUGUUCCCUUAAAGCAAGAGCUGUUCUGAUCGAUAUGGAAGAAGGAGUAGUAAAAGAGAUGCUGCAGGGACCACUCCGAGAUUUGUUUGAUACUAAGCAAUUUAUCACGGAUGUUUCAGGCUCAGGAAACAAUUGGGCGGUAGGCAACAGACUUUAUGGCAGUCUGUACCGUGAGCAGAUAGUGGAAAAUUUAAGAAGAACCGCAGAACAGUGUGAUUGUCUUCAAUGUUUCUUUGUUAUCCAUUCUAUGGGAGGAGGGACUGGCUCUGGUUUAGGUACAUUUGUACUGAAUGUGCUUGAGGAAGAAUUCCCUGAGGUUUACAGAUUUGUAACUUCUGUAUACCCAUCCGCAGAGGAUGACGUCAUCACAUCUCCGUACAACAGCGUUUUAGCCAUGAGAGAACUCACUGAGCACGCAGACUGUGUACUGCCAAUAGAGAAUCAAUCACUAGUUGACAUUGUGAACAAAAUUCAUCAAAUGGCAGCCUGUGGAAAGCUUGGUAGUGUGAAACAAAACAGCCUUGUUACUUCCAGCAAAGGCGGUUUAAAAGAGAAUGAGAAACCAUUUGAUGCCAUGAACAACAUCGUGGCUAACCUACUUCUGAAUUUGACCAGUUCUGCCAGAUUUGAGGGCUCGCUUAACAUGGAUUUAAAUGAAAUCAGCAUGAAUUUAGUCCCCUUUCCCCAACUCCAUUACCUCACAUCUAGUCUGACACCUCUCUAUACACUGGCUGAUGUGAAUGUGCCCAGCAGAAGGUUGGAUCAGAUGUUCUCUGAUGCAUUUAGUAAAGACCACCAGCUCAUACAUGCAGACCCAAAACACAGUCUGUACCUUGCGUGUGCGUUGAUGGUUCGAGGAAAUGUCCAAAUUUCAGACCUUCGCAGGAACAUUGAAAGGUUAAAACCUUCCCUGCAAUUUGUUUCCUGGAACCAGGAGGGGUGGAAGACGGGUUUGUGCUCAGUGCCUCCUGUUGGCCAUUCGCAUUCAUUACUGGCAUUGGCAAAUAACACCUGUGUGAAGCCUACGUUUAUUGAUCUCCGAGACAGGUUUAAUAAGCUGUACAAGAAGAAGGCCCAUCUUCAUCAUUACCUGCAAGUGGAUGGAAUGGAGCAAGGCUGUUUUACUGAAGCAAUUUCUUCUUUGUCAUCACUGAUAGAGGAAUAUAGUCAGCUUGAUGCCACUAAAGGAAUCCAGUCACCAGGUCCUCCUAGACUGAAUAUAGCCCUGUAACAACCUCUGGUUGACCAAGAAAAAUGAAAAAAAAAGUCACCUCGAAUGUGGAAAAGGUAAUUUUAAUACUAGGAUAAGCAAAGUGUUUUACUCAGACACCACAGUACAAGACGCGUGUACACAGGAAGUCUUGGUUCCUUAUGGGGCAUUUAGUCUGAUGUCCAUAACAAAGAAUAUU